CCUUUGUCAGCCAAUAAAAUCCAUAUAUAGCAAGCUAUUGCCUUCGAACCAUUAAAAAUCCAACACAUUCAAAAAAAAAAAAAAAAAAAGUCAAGUUCUAACACAUUGACAUAGAGAGAGAUGGUAGAGGCAGUAGUCUCAACAACGUUGCAACUGCUGAGCGACUUACUUGUCGACAAAGUGAAUUUCCUAGGAGGCGUCGAAGAAAAGGUGGAGCUGCUCAAAGACGAGCUCAAGCGGAUCCAAUCCUUCCUCAAAGACGCCAACAGAAAGCAAGCCGACGACGACAGAGUGCGCAACUGGUUGUCGGAGAUCCGAGAGGUCGCCCACGACGCCAGAGACGUGAUCGAGAUCUUCGUGCUCAAAGUCGAGAGCAAAAGGCGGUUGGGGAGGUUCUCCGCCUUCCCCAAACACCUUCACUACGUCAACAAAGUCGGGAUCGAGAUCGACUCGAUCCAAAAGAGACUAGUGGCCAUCCACCGAAGCCGCGAGAGCUACGGGAUAAAGGAUCUCGGAGAGGAAGCGGAGUCGGUGUCGCGAUCGCAGGUGGAGUCGCGGCGGCGGCUGCCUCCUUGGCAAAACGACGAACACUUGGUGGGCAUGGGAGGCGAUAUGCAGAAGCUGCUGCGGGAAUCGAUUUUGGAUGAGGAGAGGAGGAAAGGGCUCUCGAUUGCGGUCGUCGAGGGCAUGGCCGGGAUCGGGAAAUCGACGCUUGCUCGGAAAAUAUACAACAACGUCGGCGUUGUUGGCGGAUUCAACUGCCGUUGCUGGGCUGUGGUUUCGAGCGGAUUUAACGCGAGGGAGACGAUCAAGCAGCUGAUCAUGCAGCUGCCGAGGUCCGCGAAGGAUCAGGAGAAGGUGCGCGACGAGAUGAAGAAGAUGGAGAAGUCGACGAGGGAUGAGCUGUACCUCCGUGAACAGCUUCAAGAAAUGCUUCACGGAGAGCUGCGGGGGAAAACGUAUUUCAUAGUUCUCGACGAUGUGUGGGAGAAGGAAGAUUGGGAAUCACUGAGGUGUGCUUUUCCAGAUGAACAAGAUAAACCAUGUAGAUUAUUAAUCACAACUCGCAACAAGGUUAUCACAAAGUAUGGUGAUUACGCCCUCGAGAUGAAUGUUCUAGACCUCAACGAGAGCUGGCAAUUGUUCCUUAACAAGGCAUUCAUCCACAGUAACCACACCGAAUGUCCAGAAGAACUCGAGCCCAUCGGGAGAGAAAUCGUGGAGAAAUGCAAUGGCCUGCCAUUAGCAAUCAGCGUGGUUGGAGGCUUACUAGUCGAGACACAGACGAAGAGUGGAUGGGAAAAUGUCUUGGAUCAAGUCAAUUCUCAUUUCGGAACCGCAGAAAGCAACAUAUCAACAAUUUUGGAAUUGAGUUACCAAAAUCUGUCUCCACAGUUGAAAUCAUGCUUCUUGUGCCUGGCAUGCUUCAAAGAAGAUGCUAACAUCCCCACGAAGAGGUUGGUUCAUAUAUGGGUUGGACAGGGGCUGAUCCAGCACGAAGGGAGACGAACAGUAAAUGAGAUAGCCAGAGGCUAUUUAGAUGAGCUGAUCAAUCGAAACAUGGUUCAAAUCAAGGAUUUAACCUUAGAUAAUCGCGUCAAAAACUGUCACCUCCACGAUCUGUUUCGCGAUGUGUGCUUGGUAAAAGCCAAGGACGAAUUAGGGUUUCAAAUAAUCAUGAAGGGUGAGGAGGGGACUUCUUCAUCGUGCAAGCCUCGCCAUCGCGUCGUCUAUGGAAACCUCGACACUCUGUCGGGGGAUCAUAAUCGGCAUCUCCGCUCUCUCUUCGUGCUCAAUGCCGACGCCGGUGAAGUUGACAACUGCGUGAAGACUCCCUUCCGUUUCUGGAAGAGUUUUGAGCUGCUCGAGAUACUUUACCUAGAAGGCGUUGGCUGGCGGAAGUUUCCACAUUCUUUUCGCUCGUUGAUCGGGUUGAAGUACCUGAGAAUACGCGGCAGCUCUUCCGAGACACUCAAGAUCCCGAGGUGGUUCGACCACCUCGGAAAACUCGAGGUUCUCGACAUGAGGAGCGAGAACGUCGAGUUACCAAACACCACGCUAGAAAUGGCGCGGCUGCGUCACUUCAGCGCGGCUCGCGUCCACGGGCUAACGAGCAUCGAGAGCUGGAAAAUUAUGCAUACAUUGAAAUACAUCAGCGUGGACGACUUGCUCCGGUGCAGCUCGUCACCGGCGUUUCUCGCCGCCUGCCCAGUUCGCGAGCUGGGUUUGUUUCUCGACGGGGAAAGCGAGAGCGGGGAGAUGAUGAAAGCGCGAGCGUCGCUAGAGAAGAUGGCGAAUCUCGUGAAACUACAACUACUCUGGGAUCUGUCGCUCUCGAUCGAGCCUAUGAUGAUUCCUCGCCUCGCCCGUCUCACUAAGCUGAAGCUGAGGGGUGGGAUGAGAAGAUGCCCCGAUCCGAGCGUGUUCCCGCCGAAUCUCUCUUAUCUGACGCUGGUGGAGACGUUUAUGGAGGAGGAUCCGAUGGCGGAGCUCGGCAGGUUGCCGAAGCUGCAGUACCUCAAGUUAACUGGCUACGCGUGCUUGGACGAGAGGAUGAGAGUAUUGCACGACGGCUUCCCUUGCCUCGUAGGCCUCUCGCUCAAGGGGAUGUAUUUCUUGAGAGGUAUUGAUGUGGAAGAAGGUGGAAUGUCGCAUCUCAAACUACUACGCAUCCGUCAUUGCCCUGCUUUGGAGACUAGGAAUUUGCCGGAACACUUUGUUGCAUCAUUGUCAUCUGCAUAAUCAAAAUUUGUUAUGAAUUUUAUGUUUAU